AUGAGCAACAAGAAUCAAUACAAUGUCCUCGUCGACAUGGACGAGGGUGGCUAUACCCAGCCAGCAACGAUCGAAAGCGAUGGACUCGAGUUCCAAGACUUUUCAAGCAACACAGGGCAACAUGGAUCAGCACCUCCUCCACCACCACCAGCUGCUUCAAGCACAACCAAUUUCUUUGAUACGCAAGAAUCACGACGUAGUGGAUCAAACAAGGCAAUUUGGUCAUUAGACUAUUAUUCACAAUAUUUCGAUGUGGACACUUCACAGGUGAUUGAAAGGUGCCUAAAGACCUUGUAUCCUGUUGGCGAUUUUGCAUCGGACACAUUGAACAAUCAACCUGAUCUCUAUGGACCAUUCUGGAUCGCGACAACAGUAGUAUUUGCCAUGUUCGUAUGCUCCUCAUUAGCCGGUUCCUUGGCAGCCUAUAUCGCAGAUGUCCCACACCAAAGCGAUUUUCGAUUACUCAGCUAUGCUGUUGGCGUCGUAUACUCUUACGGAUUCCUAUGCCCUGCUUUGGUUUGGUUGGCUACAAAGUACUUUGGUUGUCAACCAAGUCUUUUGGAGAUCGUCAAUUAUUAUGGUUACGGCUUAACAGUGUGGAUCCCCGUUUCAGUUUUAUGUGUGAUGCCAUUUGAUAUUGCACGAUGGGUCUUUGUUGGGGUGGCUGCAUUGUUGACUGGCUAUUUCCUUGUCAAGAACUUGUACAUUGUUAUAUCAAAAACGGAUGCAAAGACUUCACGUAUACUUUUAUUGGCGAUCCUUGAAAUGCAGCCCAGCCUAGCCAAUAAAGAUGAAUUAAUGUCUUCUCGUCGUCAACGUAAAAUCCUUGAACGUCAACAACUUAAGGCUGCUCAACUGAAGCAGGAUACAAAAACAUAUGUGAAUCAGUCCCCUUUUCGUUAUGUUGAACGUAACUUCAAGUCAAGAGUUCCCCCUCCCGAUUACUCCAAGGUCAUCGAUUUACACCAGCAUCCCAAUCACGACAAAGCUCUCCAAGUAGAUUUGGCUUGUGAUCUCUCUUUCCCACUUUUCGAACAAAAGACACCCUCUCGAGCAUAUGUAUUACAUGACAUACCAGGUCUCGUGAUUAUCCCAAAUCCAUUCUCUCACAAAGGACAGCGGCAAUUGAUUCGUGAAUGCCUUUCGUUGUACACUCGACCACCCAACACAUCCAACCUUGAUACACAUUACGCUAUCCCUGACGAAGGUCUUUGGCCAUUGUGCGAGAAAGAACAUCGUGGCCAGCUUGAUCCAUCUUUUGUGGUUCCACGAAAAACCAUGCAUGAAUGGCAACUUGAGACCAACGACUCGGAAAAACAUGAUCCACCACCUGUCGACUCCAUGCCAUUAUUACGACCUUUCGAAUUAAUGCAUCGUAUGCGUUGGGUCACUCUUGGUUAUCAGUAUCAUUGGCCCACCAAGACCUAUCAUUUCGACAAACGAUAUCCAAUGCCAAAGUUGGUUGAUCAGCUCACAUCGGCUAUAGCCUAUGCUGUUGAUGGCGUUGGACAAGAAGGUGUUUGGAAGAACACCUAUCGUGGUGAAGACUUUAAGGCUGAAGCUGGCGUGGUCAACUAUUAUCAAUAUCGGGAUGCUUUGAUGGGUCAUGUGGAUAGAAGCGAAUUGAAUAUGGAUGCACCCCUUAUCUCUGUCAGCCUUGGCAAUUCUUGUAUUUAUGUUAUUGGUGGCACUACCCAAGAUACAGAGCCUGUGCCGCUUGCAUUGCACAGCGGUGAUAUUGUUGUCAUGACAAAGCCUUGUCGUAAAUUCUUCCAUGGAGUACCACGGAUAAUAGAAGACACAUUACCAGAGUACUUGUCAGCACCACUACCUGAUACCGACGAGGAUGAUGACUGGGAGUUAUAUAGCGAAUUUCUAAAGACUUCACGAAUUAACAUCAAUGUUCGACAAGUUUUCCCACCAUAA